UCAGUUAUUGUCGUUUGGCAGGGAGCGGUCAUGUUGGCUUCGUUUCUCCCAGCAGCCCAAAACAAAGACUCCUCUCUCUCCCUCUCUGAAACAAUAAAAGAAAAGGAGAAGAAACAGAAGAAGAAGAAGAAUCUACAAAAGCCCUCUCCCUCUUUCACUCCUUUGUUCACAAAUCUAAAUCAACUCAUGAAAGAAAGCCAAACCCAUAUAUUAAUUUUUUCAUAAAACCCUAAAAGAAAUUAGAAAAGAAAACCAAAAUCAAUGGACCCAUCAUUUUUAAUCUCUCCAAUUUCUCCUUCCUCCUCUGGCGACUCCGAUUCGGACAUACCCAAUUCCUGGUAUGGUAACAUACAGUAUCUACUCAACAUUUCGACGAUCGGUUUACUCUUCUGUAUCUUCAUUUUCAUCUUCGUCAAGCUUCGCAGUGACCAUCGAAGAAUCCCAGGCCCAUCUGCUCUUAUUUCUAAGCUUCUUGCUGUGUGGCACGCUACUGGGAGAGAAAUCGCUCGCCACUGUGGAGCUGAUGCAGCUCAGUUUCUAAUAAUUGAAGGUGGCAGUUUUGCUGUUUUAUUGGGUAUUGCUGUUUUAUCAAUUUGUUUUGUUCUUCCUUUGAAUCUUUAUGCUGGUACUGCCGUUCUUGAUGAUCAGUUUUCGAAAACUACCAUUAAUCAUAUUGAAAAAGGUUCAGCCUUUCUGUGGGUUCAUUUUGUUUUUGUUGUUAUUGUUGUUGUUUUAGUUCAUUUUGGUAUGUCCGUUAUUGAAGAGAGGUUGAAAAUUACUAGAUUUAGAGAUGGCAAUGGGAAUUUAAGUGACCCAAAUGCUGAUUCUACUGCAAUUUUUACUAUCAUCGUUCAAGGACUACCUAAGAGCUUGGGUGAUGAUAGAAGUGUUCUGCGCGAGUAUUUUCAGCAUAGAUAUCCCGGUAAGGUUUUUAAGGUUAUUGUGCCCAUGGAUUUGUGUACAUUGGAUGAUUUAGCUACUGAGUUGGUUCGGAUUAGAGAUGAGAUUACAUGGUUGGUUGCUAGAAUGGAUUCUAGACUUCUACCUGAAGAAAAUGAUGAAAUUGUUGGAGAGAGUUUUGUGGAGAGGUUACGAGGAUUAAUGGUUUAUUUGUGGAAAAGAGUGAAGUACUUGUGGGAUCAGAUGAUGGAUAGAUUGGGUUACACAGAUGAAGAGAAGUUGAGGAAAUUACAAGAAGUAAGAGCUGAGUUAGAGACUGAUUUGGCAGCAUAUAAAGAAGGUCUUGCACCAAGUGCAGGAGUUGCAUUUGUGAUAUUCAAAGAUGUUUAUACAGCUAAUAAAGCUGUUCAGGAUUUUCGGAAUGAAAGAAAGAGGCGAUUUGGUAAAUUCUUCUCUAUUAUGGAGUUGCGGUUGCAGAGGAACCAAUGGAAAGUUGAAAGAGCUCCACUGGCAACAGAUAUUUACUGGAACCAUCUGGGAUCGACAAAGUUGUCUCUGAGGCUGCGGAGAUUGUUCGUGAAUACCUGCUUGCUUUUGAUGCUUUUAUUCUUUAGUUCUCCUCUUGCAGUCAUAAGUGCCUUGACAAGUGCUGGCCGGAUUAUUAGUGCAGAAGCCAUGGAUAAUGCCCAAUCAUGGUUGGCUUGGGUGCAAAGUUCCAGCUGGUUUGCAUCCCUGAUCUUCCAGUUCCUGCCCAAUGUUAUUAUAUUUGUGAGCAUGUAUAUAGUAGUCCCUUCAGCUCUUUCGUAUCUUUCCAAGUUCGAACGGCAUCUGACUAUGUCUGGGGAGCACAGAGCUGCCCUUCUGAAGAUGGUUUGCUUCUUCCUUGUAAACCUUAUUCUGUUGAGAGCUCUCGUUGAGUCUUCUUUAGAAAGUGCAAUCUUGAAAAUGGGUAGGUGUUACUUGGAUGGAGAAGAUUGCAAGAGAAUUGAGCAAUACAUGAGUGCAUCAUUUCUGUCAAGAUCUUGUCUCUCUUCUCUUGCAUUUCUAAUCACAAGCACCUUCUUGGGGAUAUCUUUUGAUCUAUUGGCUCCAAUGCCUUGGAUAAAGAAGAAGAUUCAGAAAUUUCGGAAGAAUGACAUGCUUCAGCUAGUUCCAGAGCAAAGUGAAGAUUACCCCUUGGAAAAUCAGACCAUAGAGAAUCUCCAGAGACCGCUGAUGCAUGAUAGUCUUUUUGACUCUCCCAGAACAAAUGGAUUUCAACCAGAGGGACAAGAUCUCUCUGAAUAUCCAAUCAGCAGAACCUCUCCCAUCCCUAAACAGAAAUUUGAUUUUGCACAAUAUUAUGCAUUUAACUUGACGAUAUUUGCCUUGACCUUGAUAUAUUCAUCAUUUGCUCCACUUGUGGUUCCCGUUGGUGCAGUUUAUUUUGGGUAUAGGUAUGUGGUAGAUAAGUACAACUUUCUGUUCGUAUAUAGAGUCCGGGGGUUUCCUGCUGGCAACGACGGGAGGUUGAUGGACACUGUAUUGUGUAUUAUGCGGUUCUGUGUUGAUUUGUUCCUCCUCUCAAUGCUUUUGUUCUUUUCGGUCCAAGGAGACUCCACGAAGUUGCAAGCCAUUUUUACACUUGGAUUAUUAGUAAUGUACAAAUUAUUGCCUUCUGAUAAUGAUGGUUUUCUACCAGCUCUUUUGGAAGGUGUCCAAACCAUUGAUAGUAUUGUAGAUGGGCCCACUGAUUAUGAGAUUUUCUCACAACCCAGGUUUGAAUGGGAUACAUAUAAUUCAUGAUGGAUCUUAACACUUUUUGUUAAUUAGUUAAUUUGUCAAUUGCUAGUUUAUGCGGUCUUCUGACGGUUGCUCUUAGAGUGAAAAGUCUUAUCUGGUACUCACAUCAGUUGUUUCCAUAUGUAUGCGUAUGACUUGUGUUGUUUUUCCAUAUUCCCUUAAUGUUUUCUAACAUCUUUCAACUUGUUACUACAAUGUGUACAUACCAGAAGACUUAACUUCUUUUAUACUUCAUUAAGCUAAAUGUGCUUGUUUCA